UGUGCAGUGCUCCAGUGCUUGUAUCAGUGGCAGCAAAAGUAGUACAAUCUUGUGAGUCCCAACCGUCCCAACAAUGAUUGCGCACAGAUCAACCCGACAACAUCUAGUGGUGAAGUUGUUCCUGCUGGUCGUGCUGUGUGCAGUGCUGCUUCCGGUUCCGGGUGCGUCGCAGGUGACGUUCUCUCGUGAUUGGAAUGCCGGGAAAAGAGCGGCAUCGGAUGUUCCAGGCGGCAAUGGCGAGUGCGCUGCAAUCUGGCAUGCCGUAACGAAAAACAUCCAGCACCUUACGCUGUGCGAGACACGUGCACUGUUGAAGUCCAUGCAGACGGAUGAUUCCUCGAUCGAGACCAACAAUGGCAACAACUUACCGAUAUUCGCCAAUACUCACAUCUAACUUGGAGCACACGAUAUGGAACCUGGGAAUAGACUGAUCAUCGACCGCAACACCAUGGCUGACGAACUGAAAAACCGGAAUGUUUGCUGUAAACUGUGUCGUCGUUUUGGGCCUAUUGUUUCCUCUUUUCCUGCGCGAUUCCUCCGAUAGUAUGAUUUAAUUUCCAUUGAUCUGUGUAACCUGCCGAUGCCGAAGACGAAACGCCCCGAAAUCAUUAGAAUCCCCUUUUCCACUCGUCCCCUUCCCGUAAGUGUCCUGUAUGUAGUUCGUACUGGGAGAUGUGUAAAAACCAAACCAACAUCCGGCACAACAAAAGAUUACUCUGAAGGUACGAAAGCGAAACGAGAUAAAUAAAAAAAAAGUGCAACAGAAGAACGGUAGAAUAACA